AUGGGAAGCCAGAAGAGAAUAGCAAAGGAGCUGGCUGAGCUCGUCGAGUCCCCUCCGGCGGGUAUUCGAGUGGAGUUGGCAGAUGAAUCGAAUCUUUACGAUUGGAACGUUUAUAUGGAAGGGCCAGAGGGGUCACCGUUCUACAAAGGCACAUUCCUUGUCAAGCUGCACCUCCCCAUUGAAUACCCGUUUAAACCGCCCGUGGUUUCCUUCGCGACGAGAAUCUACCAUCCCAAUGUUACCAACGACGACAAGGGUAGUAUGUGCUUGGGGAUGCUCAAGUCGGACGAGUGGAAGCCUAGCUCGAGGCUAUCUGCAGUGCUCCAGUUUGCACGACAGCUACUCGAAGAACCCAUGCCGGAUGAUGCAGUAGAGGCGCGGAUCGCUGAGCAGUACAACAAUGAUCGAAAACGGUACGAAGAGAUCGCGCGAGAUUGGACGAGGAAAUAUGCCAAAGCAUGA